UGAUAGUUGGCUGCUAGAGUUGGCGCACGCGGAGCGUCAAACAAGUUCGGUCCGGUCAUCGCGAUCCGAAAGUGCCGGCGGCGUUGCGUGUCAGACGCGUUGACACAACGGAAAAAUUGCGCGUUGUACGCGAGCGGAGAAAUUUCCUAUCGCUCGGCUUGCGCUUUCGAGAGCCAAUCGGACGGCACGACAGCAGCGAGCGCAUCGGGAAAGCUGUGGAAUUUGGUAUGUCGCGCGGCUAACGUUUUUUCACGGCUACGUCAUGCCUACGCUUGGAUUCGACCGAACAGCCGGGCUGCUCUGUAACGGCUUUUGCUUUAGGGAGAUAAGGACGCUAUGAUAUGGAUGUCGGAUCCUGUCACGCAUCGAACCUUCGAAUCGGUGGCGCUGCUGCGCUUUGACGUGUGAACGAAGUGACGAACCGAAACAAAAACAAUGCGAGUGCGAACAGGUGCGAAGGUGUUGUGACUUGUGGGUGUUAUUUCAUCGUUCGAGCGAAUAAAUUAUUAGGCUCUUGUACAGCGAACAGAGGGAGUAAUGAGGGAAGGAUAUGAGCUUUACCCGUGGAGGCAGAGAACAUGAAGAGGAAUCACUUGACGCAUGUAAAUUAUUAGCAAACGGACGAGAAUGGCCGAUGAAAUGUCAAAUGUUCGUUUGUAACGGCUUGCGAUGAAAUUUCGCAAGACCGUCUCAACUAGCCCCAAAAUGGAGCUGUUGAGCCGAAGAUUAUCGAGUAAUCCGAUAUCUUCGUUAAAGAGAUCGCGAUCCGUCAGAGCGUCGUUGAAAUUGGUAUCGAAGAUUCGAAGCCACGCGAAUUCCAUGAUUGUUGUUCAGCCUUCGAGUUCAUUACACCCCACAGUCUCGCAGCAAAAUCCUGAGGAAAUGUUUCGUCCGGCAAGUGCAUGUCCUCUGGGAAUUACUUCGAAGGCUGUUAAGGAACCGUUGAAAAGGUUUACCGACCCAAAGACAAAACGUUCGAGGUGCCGAGUGACCGAGGAAAAGCCCCGAAAGGGUUCUGACGAGAAAACUUUUCGCUUCGCAACUAAAAAAGUGAACGAUGAAGCAAAGGAGGAAAAAAUUGAUCUACAUACAUCGCAAAACGAUUCGCCCGAAGAAGAGGGCGAAAGCAGCGACGGGACUUUGACGAACAAUUCGACCUUCACAAUGAAGGUCGAAAAGUUUUCGUUCGCGGACCGAAUCCGUGGCCGACGUAAGAAGAACCUGCCGGAAAUGAAAGGUCUCGAGGUGAAAAGGUCAUCCUCGAACGUUCAGAACUGUGGCGCCGGUACCAAAGAUCAGACAAAGUCGCCGAGAAGCCCGGGGAACUUUUUUAUUCGCCGGGACAAAAUCCAGGGGCAGGCGAAAACGACCGGAGACUCGACAAAUGGCGACGGUCCUGAACUGCGGAUAGUUUUGGGCGAAUUCAACUCCUACGAAAAUCCGAUGUUUAGUUUGGACAGCUCCACAAACUCGGACGCCUGCAGUUGCACCCUGGCGAACAACGGCGAGUCGGAUUCUCCGGUUUCCCGGAAAGAUGUGGGGAGUUUUGGUAGCGGAUUUCGGGACGUUAGCGACGGCAGUUCGAGGGAAAUCCGGCCGAGUGACGCUGGUGAAAUAAUAUCCAGUAUUGAGCUUUCGGCGAAUCUGUUGAAACCCUCCAAGCCAAAGACCAUGGAUAAUAUUACGAACUUUCUCACAAGCAAGAAGAGCGCUACUCUACGUCCUAAUAAACCAAAGUGCAAAAUUAUGUCGAAUGAGUCUAGGGACGAUGAAAUGAGCCCGAAGUCCGUCCAAUCGUUGCAGAGUAAUAACUGGCGCCGAAGGCUGAGCACUUCUUCGUCAGGUUCGAUGUUGGCCUCGCGACAAGGGAUGGAGUUCCUGGAGGGGUUUGGAAAAAAGAAACAUCAACAGCAACAACAAAUUCAUCUCGUGUCCGCGACUCAUCUGAACCCUCUCACGGCACAACCUAGUCUCAACAUACAUUUACAUGCUUUGUUCGCUGCGGUUGAGCAGGGGCAUUUAGACAAAGCAAGAACGAUUCUCGAAUCAACUGACGUCGAUGUAAACAGCGUCAACAGUGACGGAUUAUCCCCGUUGGACGUUGCUGUGCUAAGUAACAACAGACCUCUCGCAAAAAUGCUGGUUGCAUUUGGUGCUCAAGAAGGAAACCAAUUCAAAUCGCCAGAGUCGCUUGGCAGUCAUUUGGCAUCCCUACUUUCCGAGGCUGAGCACAGAGUCCAAGAGCUUGGUGGCAGUUCGACUAGUAUGGGAACUACACUUCUGGAGCCACCAAGUCACAGAGCGAGUUUCUCGACACCGCAGAAUAAUUUGACAGGAUGCGGAGGUAACGCCGAAGAUAAGCAACUUGCGCUGUGGGAGAGGAGAGCCAGAGCAUUGAGAAAAAUGUUGCUAGGAUUUGAUCAAGCCCGUCCGCCAGAUAUGCCGUUUCUGGUGGCAGUUGAUGUUACCGGAACAACUUCCGUAACGGUGAGAUUUCAGGAGCCGGAUUCUCACGAUUCUCCGAUCUGUACUAAAUUCAAGGUACAGUGGAGCGUCAGGGAAGAUUUUUCCAUCAUAUGCGGAGACAGGGAAGUUUUGGACAUGAAGCAACGGGAGUGCAGAGUCGACGAUCUCACGCAAGGGCAAAGAUACUAUUUCAGAGCUGCCGCGGGUAAUCUGAAAGGUUACAGUAGGUUUAGACCGUCCACCCCUGCCCACGUUACCCCAAGUAGCUGGAGAGACAUUGAUGGCCGCUUGCCGCGUUUCGCUGGUCGCCUUCAGCAAUUGGAUACGUUAUUUACGGAUAUCAGGCGACCAGAAUACACGCAGGAAACACCGGCCGUACAGCGAAGAAAUCACAGGAAAAAGACGACUAUUAAACAACUGUUUACAGCUACGAGUAAGUUUCAGAAAAAUUUGAGAAGGGGCGUUUACUUGGCGUGUUUGUUGUAUCAUGAAGAUAAGGUGCUAGUCACGAAUGAGGACUUCUUGCCGGUUAUCGAAAUCGACGAAACCUAUCCCAGCUGUAUUUACAACGAUUUUCACUGGCUCAUGAAAGUCGCUUGUACCUGGGACGAUGUCAAGUCUUUGAGACAAGACAUGGAAAAAAGUCAUAGCAGUUCAACCAUUCAUUUUAGGAUCAAAUUGCUCCAGGCUGCUGCUCAAAUGCAAGCAGCUCUUUGUAUACAAGACUUGGGUCAGUUGUACCAUAAACCAAUAAGAGACGUGCAAGGAACCAUGGUUCUGUCCACUAUAAAUUACGUUAAAUCGCCAAAGCUGGUGUCUGUCUUGAAUAGCCGUUGGCUGCCGCUUAGCAAAGUUACUAAAAAACUGAUCACCCACGAAGAUAGCAGUGUUGCUGAUAUUCUUAUGGCCAGCAUCCAGGAUCAGAUGACCUAUCAUCAGGUCAGCAGCAUCAAGCUAUCCAAAGGCUUGUACCUAGGAUAUCUAAAAAUGCAGAGCAGCGUUGACUUGAUUCAGGUCGUUGUACCAUCCAAGACUCCAAAUGUAUUACCUCACUGCAAGAUACGUGACAACCCUCAUGUCUCUGCGGAAGAAUGGGACUACUUGAAACAAAUGACCAGGAUUCAGCCCAGUGAGCAAUCCGCCAUUGAAGAUACUGAAGAAAAGGAGAACGCAGCGAACGAAACCCAAGGGACUGAACAACAAAAACUAUUCGUGGAUUUGGUUUCUGCGACGGCGAGACGACUGUUUGGAUAUAUGGAAAUAAAUGUUGAAGAAUCUCUGAAUCAUCGAUUGUACGAUGCUGAAGUGAUAGACUUAACAUCGGACGUGUCGUUCCUGAUAACAGUUCCGCCGGCGGAAACUGCAUGCUCUGUACCUGGGACAAGAGAAAUUCUUUUGAAGAGAGGAGAUCUGCUAUCUUUACCUAUCCAAGUAUUUGAAAUGGUGCACCUAAUUACCUAUCAAAAAGAUGUGAUAAACAGAUACUCAAGAUUGAGCUGCAUCCUAGAACUUGACACUGCUUUGGCGCAGCAUAAUCAUAGGGAAGCUUUCAGCUCUUCCGAGUUGAGUGUGGCUAAGGACAAAUUAAUCAAAUUACAGGAUCUACAAUCGCAAGUUAAUAUUGUAUGGAAAGGAGCCAGAUGGCUCAUUGAUGUUAUUUCGUUUGCAAGAGACAGAGGUUCGUCACAACAAAACAUUGCUGGUCAAAUUUCUGGGAUCUCGAUGAGACAUCUGCUGAACCUAGAUCGCAAUAAAAAUAGUAACAGCCUGAAGCGAAGUCUUCUGCAGCUUCCUCCGCGAGAUCCUAAGCUAGUGAAAUCCAGUCCCGGUCGUGGGAGCUGGCCUGGCCCGAACAUAACGAACUCAACGUCAAAUCUGCUGACCACAGAAUUUAGUAAAAGUGAACAGCAGCUGCCGAGCGGUCAAUACAUCCGUAAGGGCAGUAACUGUUCGACAAUGUCAGCUGGUAGUGAAAUGGUAAAGACCUCUGCAAUCAGCUCAACAAAAAACAAUUUGAUCCCAGUACAGAACUCGAGAUUACCUCCUUCAAAGUCCGAAGACACGCUACUUCUGACCCACUACAAACACAGCCCAAGAAACAGAUCGGCUACAAUAACCUCUGCAUCUGCCAGUACAAGUCCACUGUUGAGUAUAAAGCCAAUUAUUUAUGGAGGAUCCUUGCUUAGUGUCUCAACAGCGAUGACCAACACGACGAGCAUGUUGAGUGUCAGCAAUACUAAUUCAGAUAGUCUGCACUCGUUGAGCAGCGAUGAGUUUUCCACUCCCAUCUCAAGUGUCAGCCUUAAACCGAGUCAUGCAAAGUCGAAAAUGUCAAAACCAACGGCGAGUGUUGCUGCAAUUGCUAGUUCUGUAAUGGAAAGUCAGCUGAAUGAAGAAAAAGAUGAAGCCAUAAUGAUGCCAGCACCUCUUCCUGGAAUUUUACAGGUAUAUGCAGCGUACGAAACAGGCUUAGCUUCGGGAACGAGUUUAAAACUUCAUGUUACACCCCGAACGACAGCUCGAGAGGUCGUCGAUUUGGUUGUGACGCAAUUGAAUGUUGCUGUAGUCUUGAAGGAUCAAGCAGGUCCGAUUUACACUGCAGAUGAGUUACCAAAUUUUUGUUUAGUCGCUGUAAUUGGUGCAAGAGAACGUUGCUUGCGGGAUGACUUCAAGCCAUUACAACUACAAAAUCCUUGGAAGAAAGGGCGAUUGUACGUCAGACAAAAACAAGACGUACUCGCUGCGCUUGAGCACAGUAGUAAACAUACUGCGUAUUUAUAGCACAAGGAGGUUGACGAGGAAAAAACGCAAAGUCCAACUUAACAUAGGUAUGCGUUUAAGGUCAACCGAAUAGUAAAAUUUCCCCGAUAAUUUUCAGGAAAAAAGUUAGCAAAAGUCUUACAUAAAUUUAACUAUUUCCAUCACUACUUGUAAUUAUUUUUAAAGUUGUGUAACUAGACGAACUGCAACUAUCUUUAACUUGAUUAUACUGUCAUUGAAAGUAUACUUAAACUUCCGUAUGAGAUUAUUCUGAAUUUCCAAUAUUAAUACAGUGGCUGAAUCAUCUCGUCUCAAUUAAUAUUCAACUUCAGAAUAUAUCAAAACGUGCUGCUUUGAUCAUUGUGAGAAAUGAAGACCCAAUUUCAUAUUAUUGCCUGUAAUUGUCAUAGUGUCAGGCAAUAUUUGCAGAGUUUGUAUCGGAAGUUGACAUUCCAAAUUUGAACGGAUGUUUUUGGAUGGAAACAGAUUUUAGCAAAAAGUAUUUUUGAAAUUAGUAGGUAGUUUGUACAAAUUACUCAUAUUUGAAACAAUUAUAUUUUAGGUACUGAUCUCAGUGUACUAAUAGCGACUAAGAAUAAACAGUAAAUAUAAAAGAUGGAUUUACUUAUAAUUAUUGCUUCUAUAUAAGUUGUCAUUGGUCAGGAUAACGUGAACAUGUAUGUGUAAAAAGAAACCACAAUUGGUUUCAUGAGUUGCGAAGUAUAGUUCAAAAACUGUUAUUUAGUGAAAUGUAAAAUAGCCUUCCGAAUGAUUCUCUUCAAUAAUAGCAUAAUGUAAGAAGAAAUCUGAAAUUACAGUUCUGUUAUCUUAAUGAAUAUGAAUGUAUAAUAUCUACAUUGAUCUAUUAAUCUGUUGCAUAUAACGGAAUAAUAUUAAUUUAAAAAAGGAGUAUAGGUAGAUAAGCACUAGUUAGGAUAGCUCUGAUUAUUGUCCUAGAAUUAUCAAAAAAUGAUACGCAAUCUAUUACAAUUAACGUUUAUGUGUAUACAUGCCACAUGUAUCAUAUAGUGCUCAGAUUCAGACAUUUAUUGACCGUCAAGAUAAAAAUCGAUAUUAUAAUAAUCCUCAAUGCUCAUCGGAACGGGUGUAGAUAUACGUCGUGCAGAUUAAAUACUUGUAUGUAUAUUAUAUAUAUAAAAACAAUCGGACAGUUUUUUUUUCAUGUGACCGAAUUGUGGUAAAAAAAAAUGAACAAACGAUUCGGUGGCGGCUUGGGCUAAACAUCGUUUAUUCUCAUCUGGAUGGCCCAUAUAUUAGUAUAUAUCAUAUAUAAGAGGCAUUCUCGAUCAACCGAGCCACUUUUUUUUUAGUCCUCCCGGAUUUGUUCCAUAAUUGGUUAUAAAGUAGUACUACUUAAAGGCACUCUGUGAAUUUUUUCUGAUUUAAUUUCUUCAUUUUUGUGUUAUAUGGCACAUGUUAUACAUAUGUUAUAUUUUUGAUGUCAUCUAUAAUCAUGCCAGAAUAUAACAUGUGCUGUAAAAUAGUACAUGGAAAACAGAAACUUAGAUGUACCUUAACGCACCUUUCUUUGUAAAAUAUUUGUUCUACACAGCAAGAAUGUCGAGUUCCACGAUGCAAAUUUUUUUGUAAGUUCCCAAUACACUGCCAAAUACCCUGUAAAAUUUACAGCAAAAUCAAAGGUUUCACAUUUAAAAAAAAAAUACACAUAUUUUUUUUCACUGAAAAUAGCCUUUUUGAUGCCAUCAAAAAUAUGACAUAUGUUGCAUUAAAUAGUUCAUGGAAAAACAUAAUUUCAUGUUAAAUUUUUUUGUGCCUGAUUUCAAUCUUCCAUAAUGUACAGGUUUGAAAAACAAAACCAUUUCCGAAACGUGGAAAGUAAAAAAGCUAAAAGAAUUCACAGAGAGUACCUUUGAAUAGUACUGCUAUAUAACCAAUUAUGGAACAGAUCUGAGAGGAUGAACAAAAAGUGGCUGAGUUGGUGGAGCACGCCUUACAAAUAGGUUAAUAUGAAUAUGUCAUAAAUAAAUAAAUAAUGCCGUGAACAUGACAAGGGCUUAUAGACUGCUUUAGUAUAGGCCAAAAAUGUAUAAUUUGUAGAUGAAAAAAUCGUUGUGUGUUGUUUUUUAGUUUUACGUUGAAUAUAAAUCUUUAGUUAUAUUUAGAAUUCUUUGAUUUUCCAUUUUAAUCUUUCCGCUACAUAAAAUAAUAGAAAACUUUGUUGCAUUUCGUUCUUUGCGCUGAAAAAUUUAAGGUAUGUUCCAGAAAAGUGGAAGAACAUAUUAUUCCACAGAAAAACUCAAAAUUUAAGAAUCACUCUUAAUUAUGUUAAAUGUGGUGUUAUAUUAGUACCUAUUUAGAAUAAUAGAAGCGAUUUUAAAGUUGUCGAUUCAAAAAUUUGGUAUAUAUAUAUGUAUAUAUAUAUAUGUGUAUAUAUAUCCAUAAAUUAGUUGGGAACAUUACGAAUUACUCUAUGACACCAAGUAUAUUUAAAACACACACUAAUUACGGUAACAAGAGGUGUAUGCUAAUCGUAAGUAACAUUAAAAAAUCUUAAUCGAGAUAAUAAUAUAGUUGAUUUUAUAUUAUUCCAAUAUUAAAAAUUUCAUUGAAAAUAUAUUUGUUGCAAACUCGAAUGUUAGGAAAAGCAUGAAUUCAAAGCACCUUUCAUAAUUAAAUAUACAAUUUUAGGUCAGUAGAAAUCUUUGUGUUCGCCACGAUUAGACAUAAGAAGUAUACACGGUUUUACGAAAUGUUGAAUACUUCACAUGUAUUCGUACAAGAACUGCCACCGAUUUGAUUUGCUUGAAGGGUAUGAAUACAGAUCGGGGCAUCAUAUUGUGUUUAUCAAACCAUCUGAAGCAAAGGUAUCAAACUAAAAAAAAAACGAACACUAAAAAUAGUGGUGCACAUAUUUUUCUAUCUAACAACAAAAGAUUGUUGUUAAAAUGUAUGAUA